AUCUUUGGUUUUCGUCGUUUUUUCUUUUCAUUUUCCUUCUUUAGAUGGUACCUAACUCAAAAUUUUUGGCAGUCAUAUAGUUUCCGGAGAGGAUCAUAUCCAUCAACUAUAUUUUCAUUGUCCUUUGGGCAAUGUUCUCAAGUUCCGGAAAUUCUGGUGGCAACUAGUUCCUCUGGUUCUGUUCAUGUUUUUCCUCUGGGAUUUGCUAUAAACCAAAGCAGGAGAUCAGGUGGCUUUCUUGGAUCGAUAAUGCUCGACUCCAUAAGUGAUGCACUGGAUCCAGCGCACCAUCACAUUGUGCAUAAUGCUGUACCAGCAGGAAUUAAAAGCUAUGCAGUGAUACGCAAGGUUGACAGGGUUGCCGAUACUUCAAGUUCUGAAAUUGUAGCUUGCAGGGCCACACUAGCAAUCAUAACCUACAAUGGUUACUUCCAGGAGUACAACUUAAGUCUCAGUAACCAGAACGAGUUCUCGAGAAGUUUGGACUGUGAAUUCAAUCUCUUGACUGCGAUCGCCAAUAACGACGUUAGGUUAUGAGUUCGUUUGCUCCAUGGAAGCCAAGAAAGUUCAUUUACUUUCAGAAAGGUUAU